UAGCCAGAUAAGGCUUUUCUUGUCAGCACCUAUACAACAGUGCUAUAUAAAUUUCAAAACCCAGCACAUUCCCCCCAUUCCUCUCACUUCACCCAAACUAAUUAAAUAUAGUAAAAGUCUUCAUCUAAAGCGGCGGAAAGAAAUAAAUUGAAAGCGUCUCUAACUUAUUUAUUUUCUUUUCUUUUCUUUUAGAUUUUCAGACAACAAUUAGGGUUUCAACUCUCAACCCGCCAAAUUCAAUCUGUAUGAAACGGAUCUCGAUCCGAUUGCCAAUUUCCCAACGGCUUCCGAUAACCUUCGCCGCCAUUGCCAUCUUCCAUGGCGUCCAAGUCUCCGCCUCCUCCUUCCCGGUCUUCGUCUUCUAGAUCCGAGCCUCCUCUUGAUCCUUCACCAACGAAAAUGGAGGAUACCGGUCCUGCAGUUAAAGAGGUGUUAGCGGUGAUUGAAUCUUUGAAGAAACAAGUUGCUGCCAAACGGAUUGUUUCGGUCAAGAAUAGAGUGGAGGAAAAUAGACAGAAGCUGGCUGGUAUCACUAACCAGCUCUGGAAAUCAGCGGCGGAGAGAAAGACGUGUGACGUUGCGGAUAGUGAUAAAAGUCUGGAUUUGUUGACUAAGAGGCAACAAGAAGCAAUUGAUAUGCAUAAUGGUGUUUGUGCUGGUAAUGAUGAUGGCGAGAGCAAUGGUAAUCAUGGAGAUGACCAUGGUUCUACGGCAGUUCUUCUAGGAUCUAAUGUUGCUGUAAAGAAUGCUGUCCGGCCUAUCAAAUUACCAGAAGUAAGAAGAUUGCCGCCUUACACCACAUGGAUUUUUCUGGACAGAAAUCAAAGAAUGACAGAGGAUCAAUCGGUUUUAGGUCGGAGACGAAUUUAUUAUGAUCAAAAUGGUGGUGAAGCACUUAUUUGCAGUGACAGUGAGGAGGAACUAAUUGAUGAAGAAGAAGAAAAAAGAGAAUUUGUAGAACCAGAAGAUUUUAUACUUCGCAUGACUAUCAGAGAAUUUGGUUUAUCUGAGGCUGUUUUGGAGUCACUGGCUCAGUGUUUUUCUAGAAAAACUAGUGACAUUAAGGCCAGAUAUGAAACUUUUUGCAAUGAAGACAAUGCUGGCGGGGAUUCUAAAAAUGGAGAUGCACAAGAUACUUCUCAAAGUGACAAUUCUUUUCUGGAAAAGGAUCUUGAGGCGGCUCUUGACUCUUUUGACAACCUCUUUUGCCGCCGCUGUCGUGUUUUUGAUUGCAGAUUACAUGGAUGCUCCCAGGAUCUUGUAUUUCCGGCUGAGAGGCAACCUCCAUGGAUUCCUCCUAAUACUGAAAAUGCACCAUGUGGGCCAAAUUGUUUCAGAUUGGUACUUAAGGCAGAAAAAAUGUCGAAAGUCACAUCUUCUACUCAGACUGAUGUUGAAGACAAAUCCUCAGGCAGUGUUCUAUCUAGGAAAAAGUCUUCUGGUAAAAGGAGAAUAAAAUGCAGCCAAAGUGAAAGCGCUUCAUCUAAUGCUAAGAACAUAUCUGAGAGUAGUGACUCAGAGAAUGGUCCUGGACGGGAUGCUACUUCGGCUUCCCACUCAGCUCCACCUAAAGCUAAGCCAGUAGGGAAAAGUGGAAAAGGUAAGAGAAACAGUAAACGAGUGGCAGAACGUGUUCUAGUUUGCAUGCAGAAACGGCAGAAGAAAGCAGUAGCUUCUGAUUCUGAUUCCAUUAGUGAAGCUCCUGACCGCCCAUUGAAUGAUUUGGUUUCUGAACCACAUGUCAUGAGUGGGGAAGACAGCACAAGGAAAGAAGAGUUUGUGGAUGAGAACAUUUCUAAACAAGAAAUGAUAGAUAAUAAAUCUUGGAAAGCUCUUGAAAAAGGGCUUUUAGAAAAAGGAAUGGAGAUUUUUGGCAAAAACAGCUGCUUAAUAGCCAGGAAUCUCUUUAAUGGUCUAAAGACAUGCUGGGAUGUUUUCCGGUACAUAAAUUGUGAAGAAGGGAAGUUGUCUGGUUCUACUGGGGAUGCCGUGAGUUCUCUUGUGGAAGGCUAUUCCAAGGGUAAUAAUGAUGUGAGAAGAAGAUCAAAAUUUUUACGGAGAAGAGGAAAAGUCCGUCGUUUAAAGUAUACCUGGAAAUCUGCCGCUUACCAUUCAAUCAGGAAAAGGAUUACAGAGAGAAAGGAUCAGCCCUGCCGACAGUACAACCCAUGUGGAUGUCAAUCAGCUUGUGGAAAGGAGUGUCCUUGUCUUCAAAAUGGAACCUGCUGUGAGAAGUACUGUGGGUGUCCCAAGAGUUGUAAAAACCGAUUUCGUGGCUGUCAUUGUGCAAAGAGUCAAUGCCGAAGUCGCCAAUGUCCAUGCUUUGCUGCAGAUAGGGAAUGUGAUCCGGAUGUUUGUAGAAACUGUUGGGUCAGCAGCUGUGGCGAUGGCACUCUUGGAAUUCCUAGUCAAAGAGGGGAUAAUUAUGAAUGUAGAAACAUGAAGCUUCUUCUCAAACAGCAGCAAAAGGUUCUUCUUGGACGGUCUGAUGUGUCUGGCUGGGGAGCAUUCUUAAAGAAUAGCGUUGGUAAGCAUGAAUACCUUGGAGAGUAUACUGGAGAGUUAAUUUCUCACAGGGAAGCAGACAAGCGAGGAAAGAUAUAUGACCGUGAAAAUUCAUCUUUUCUCUUUAAUCUGAAUGAUCAGUUUGUUCUUGAUGCAUAUCGAAAGGGUGAUAAAUUGAAGUUUGCAAACCACUCGCCUGUUCCAAAUUGUUAUGCGAAGGUUAUUAUGGUUGCUGGAGAUCAUAGGGUAGGAAUAUUUGCCAAGGAGCGGAUUAAUGCUGGGGAGGAGCUGUUUUAUGAUUACCGUUAUGAACCCGAUAGAGCUCCCGUUUGGGCUCGGAAACCAGAGGCACCUGGAUCGAAAAAAGAAGACGGUGCUCCUUCAAGUGGCCGGGCAAAGAAGCUUGCUUAAUAGGAAUUUGUUUAAAAUUCAAAAAUCCAUUCUUUUAGGUAUUCUUUAUCAGAGACAGCAUUUUCAUUGAUAGCUGAAAGAAGUACUUUUGGAGUUGUUUUGUUCAUAGUGGCAAGGCCAUACAAUUGUAAUUGCAUAGGUAAAGCUACAUUCAAACAUUCAUUUUCACAAUAGCUAACUGUAUUAGCUAUCCCAGAUGGAUAUUACAAGCUUAUUGGAUCAAAAUUCCAUACAAUCCUUUCCAGUAGGGAAAUGGACAAAUGCAUAUCAGUGGAAGACUUCAUAUAGUUUUCAACUCUUACAAUUUUAUUUACUUAUAUGACUAGAAAGUUAUACAAAUUUUUGUCAAGUUUAUGAUAUA